UACAUUGCAGUUUGUGGAUUGUCUCUCCCACUGGUUUUGUCGUCGACGUUGCUAUUUUUUGUUGUUGUUAGAUUGCAGAUCAACUGAUUUUGUUGAUAGCAGCCGGCUCGAAAAUGGGUUGCUGUUACAGUUUAUGCAAAGACGACAACAACCAGCAGGGAAAUGAAGUUAACGAACGCACACAUUUGCUUGUGGAUCCUGUCAGUAACAACACAAACGUACCGGGAGCACUCAGUGAUGAUGGCGCUAACCAGUAUGCCAGCUCUGCACCUAAGAAAAUGGAUGAACAAAGUGCACUCAAUAGAAUUCUCCACGACACAGCAGUAAAUAUUAUUGACGUAGGAGCAUUAGACUCGCACAAUCUUGAGCAACAUGAAUAUUUGGAGAGAUCAAGGGCUUAUGCGAAACGCAUAGAGACCGUUGGUGUCAAAGUUCCAGAAAUCUCAUACUGUCUCCUGAGAGAUAUACCAGCUCCAGAAAAAGUUCUUGCAUCAGAGCCGAUAACUCAAAACGAUAAACAACUCAUAACAAAUUUCAUGCAAAAAGCUGUGAUGGCCUUGGAGCAAAUUAAAGUUCAGCAUCAAGAAGAUUUAGUGGUGCCAUUUUUAUCGUGAUCGAUGCAUUCCCCAACAAAUUUGCGAGAGAACCUAAUGCGAGCUACAUCGACUCAGCAGUUGAACAAUCUGGAUGAAUCAAUGAGCAUUUGGGUGAAGUCGUACUUUACCGAUUGAGCCAAUUUUAUUUGCGGAAAAAACGUUUUCGACGCUGCGCUUUCUAAAAUUUAUCCUGUAUAUAUUUGGAAUUAAUUACGUUGAAUUUCCUCCCUUUAUCGAAUAAGAUCAAACUCCUAAUCUCAAGUGUACUUUUUAGGCUUAAAGUUUACAAAACUAUAAAUAGUUUGAUCACUUUGUGUAAUUAUUGUAUUUGAUGCGAGUAUCGGGACGCCCCAACUACGUUAUCGUCUAUAAGUAUAAGUUUGACAUUAUACAAUAUUCGCUUUAUUUAUUUACUUUUUUUUUUU